AACAGCUCGUACAGUCAGGAAGUUCUUCCAAAUGUUCAGGUGGGAUCUCCUUUCCUGUAAUUUGAACCCAUUGCUCCAGGUCCUUGUCCCCAGGGCAGCAGAAAACAAGCUUGGUCCCUCUUCCUUAUGACCAUUAUGAAGGCAUUAUGGCAUCAUAAUGCCAAAAUAUGCAUGGGGAUGGUAACAGUUUUAAUUUUAAAGGGAAAAAGACAUUGCUUACACUUUCUGUAACUUCUUGACAUUGAUUCUGCAUAGCCUCCUCAUUCGGUGUGCAGCCAUAAAUGCUUACCUGGAUUCCAGAAGAUGCUUUUAAAGAACAAACCAAAAUGUUGCUUCUGGUGCAUCGAAUGUCCUAAAGGAACAAUAUCCAAUCAGUCAGGCAAGAGGAGAGAGAUACAGUGUGAUCCAGAUAGAUCCUACGCAGAGGGUUACUACAAAAAUGGGGAUCUCAUUCUUGGUGGUGCAUUAUCGUUAUCUCAUAGAAAUAUUCCAUGGCAAAAUUAUAAAGGACGUCCUGAAGAAGUUUCUCCUUACAAGUUUCCAACAAUCCCAGAAUCAAAGAACUACCAGCACGUCCUGGCAUUUGUAUUCGCUGUGGAGAAAAUCAACAAGGACCCCCAUUUCUUACCCAACAUCUCUCUGGGAUUUCGCCAGUAUGACAACUAUUACAGUGGAAGCCAAACCUAUGAGAAUGUCAUCAGUCUACUGUCUGAGAGGGACAAGCUCGCUCCAGUUUACCUACCUCUCUAUGGAAAUGGGUCUGGUUAUGGUUAUGGUCAGUUAUUUUACAACAUGAGGAAUGCAAGGAAAGUCAGACUAUUUCCCAAUUACAAUUGCCAAAGCCAAAAGAAAAUGGUGGCUGUCAUUGGGGCACAGACAUCAGAGUUAUCUGUUCAGAUGGCCAACAUGCUGGGGAUCUACAAGAUACCACAGCCACCGCCUUCUGUGUGCAGCCAUAAAUGUUCACCUGGGUUCCGGAAGAUAAUUUUGAAGGACAAACCCAAAUGUUGCUUCCAAUGCACAGAAUGUCCUAGAGGAAAAAUAUCCAAUGAGACCGAUACGGAUUAUUGUGUGGACUGCAACAAGGAUCACUACCCAAACAAAGGAAGAUAUAAGUGCAUCCCCAAAAGCAUAAUCUUCUUAUCCUAUGAGGAACCUUUGGGAAUCACAUUAGCGUUCACUGCGGUAUCUUUUUCAUUCUUUUCUGCGGUGGUGCUAGGAAACUUUAUCAGAUGCAGAGAGUCUCCCAUAAUUAAAGCCAACAACCGGCAACUCAGCUAUAUCCUCCUCUCUUCCCUUAUACUGUGUUUCCUCUGCUCUUUGCUCUUCAUUGGACGACCAAGUAAAGUGACCUGCCUUCUUCAGCAAACAGCCUUUGGGAUAAUUUUCUCUGUCUCUCUUGCUACCGUCUUGGCCAAAACCAUCACCGUGGUUCUGGCCUUCAAGGCCACAAAACCAGGCAGCAGUGUACGGAAAUGGCUGAGACCUAGAGUUUCUUACUUCUUUGUGAUGGUCUGUUCUCUCAUUCAGGGUGUGAUUUGCAUAGUCUGGUUGGGAACCUCCCCUCCAUUCCCAGAUGCUGAUUUCUACUCAGAGCCCGGACACAUUAUUCUGGAGUGCAAUGAAGGCUCACCCAUUGCUUUCUAUUCUAUUCUGGGCUACAUGGGUCUCUUGGCUUUGGUGAGCUUCAUUGUGGCUUUCCUUGCCAGGAAGCUGCCUGACGUCUUCAAUGAAGCCAAGUUCAUCACUUUCAGCAUGCUGGUUUUCUGCACUGUUUGGGUAUCUUUCAUCCCAGCCUACCUCAGCACCAGAGGGAAAUAUAUAGUGGCUGUAGAAAUCUUUUCUAUUUUGACCUCUGGAGCUGGGUUACUUGGCUGGAUAUUUUUCCCAAAAUGUUAUAUUAUUCUACUCUAUCCAAAUAAGAACCAGAAGGCAUAUAUAACCACCAAACAUUUCCAGAGAUAA